AUGGCCAUCACUGAGAGUAAGGCAAAUUUUGCUUCCCGCGCCAAGGCGCUGGGAUUGGAGGAUGCGGUCCUGGCAAAGUUUGUGGGCGAGGGCAUUGAUUGCAUGAGCAAGUUUGCCUUCCUCAGCUCGUUCGUGCCUGGGAACACUGACGAGAAGCCCUUCACAGAUGCUGUGUCAAAGGUCCUUGGACGUGAGCCGUUGUUGGCCGAGCUCAGUUUGCAGGUCCAGGUGGAACGAACUGAUGAUUCGGCGCCGCGAAAGUUGGCGGCCCCUGAUCGGGCUGAUCGUCUUCAGCGCCAACAGCUGAGGCUUGUUGGGCUCAGCAUUCAUGGGCCUACCUUGCCGGGGCACGCUGUGAUUGACAAGUGUGUUCAGAUGUACGAGGACAACGUCCUGCACUACUUGCCUCCUCAGGCUUGCCCUUGCCGCGAUGACGAGGUCAAGUUCAAGAAAGAUCGUGAUGACAAGAUGUUGUCAGUUGAUGGCAAUGGUCAUGUGUCAUUGAAGUCGCAUACUGCAAAGAUUGAGGCGGAU